ACCACGAGGAGAAGCCAGAGUCAGCCGAACGGAUCUCUCACAGUCAGUUUUUGUCUCUGAUACGCGACGGACGACGCUAGUCGUGUCGCGAUGCACGAGUGUGUCAUGUGACACGCGAAACAACAGUACACUUCUGCGUUGCUGCUGCACGUUUGACAGGGCCAAUACGUAGAAAAAAUAUCAUAAAUUUUCGAAGAAAAGAGAAAGAAAAACCGAGGUGUGCGUGAGUGCGUGUGUGCGUGUAUGUGUGGAUCAUUUGUAUGUGUUAUCCAUUUUAUGCGUACUAGCGCGCGCGAGUGCUUUCAUAGCUGCAGAGUAGUCGUGUGCAGCCGUAUUGUAAGCUGGCGGAUUCCCUUCCCGUCCAAUUUCGGAACUCUGCAAGCAAGUCGUUCCAUUAGAGCGCGCACAAUUAUGUUACCGGCUCGAUACGGCAAUAGCAGCAACACCACUGCCGCCACCAUCAACAAAUUCAGCAACCUCAGUACGUCCAUAAGACACUGGGCCGGAUUUUUUGCGAACGGUUAAAGAUACACCAUCGGUUAGCCCGUCGCUAUCCCAGCCGAGACACUCGGUGCUUCGCGGCUUGCCCGUGUGAUUCUUGCUAGGUCAUAGGAAUGAGGAAGCGGGUUUUCACGUGGGACUCGUGGUGGUGGUUAAUCGUUCUUCUGAUUACGGUGCAAGUUACGGGUACACAGGAUCUCACAUCGCAGGGUCUGUCAACGUUAUUUGCGGAAAAAACGUCAUCGACCUCGCGUGUAGAAUGUGCCACGGGUUGCGAGUGCCUGGACAACGGAAAGGGCUUAUUCUGUCAGGAACGAAGCUUCCUCGGACUCGGUUUAUCCAGGCAAACCACCGAUGUCGUGCUGAGAAACGUCAUAGCCGCUACCAUACCCGUUUCCGCUCUCGAAACUGCCACUCGGCUCAAGAGUCUCGAAUGGACUUCGAGCGGGAUCGAAAGGAUAGAAUCUGGCGUAUUCCUCGCGACAACGUUCCUCGAACACCUCGAUCUAGGUGACAAUAGGCUGACGGAAUUACCGUCGGACGUCUUCCAUCCGUUGCACCAACUUCAGUACCUGAACCUCACCGGGAACCGGUUGACUCUACUCUCACGAGCGUUGUUCCAAGGUUUGGACCAGCUCGAAGAGAUCUGCUUGUCGCGCAAUCGACUCUCGAUACUUCCCUAUCAAGCAUUCGCUUCGUCCAAGUCGCUAACACACUUGGACCUUUCCGGUAAUCUGUUGGUGUCCUUGCCGGAUCACAGUUUCAGGCCCAACAAUCAUCUCCAGGAGCUCGGCCUGUCCUCCAACAGGCUCACUAAACUUCCAUCCCGUUUGUUUUCCGGUUUGAAUCACUUGAAGAUUCUGGAGCUGUCCGAUAACGAGAUCGAUACGAUCCCGCGCGGUCUCUUUGCCGAUCUCGUGUCGUUGCAGCGUCUCGAUCUUUCCAGAAAUCCUAUCACCCGCUUGACGAGCACCACGUUCCAACACCUGUCGAAUCUAAGAUGGCUCAGCGUGAAGAAUCUACCGAUCAAGGUGCUUCCAAAAGACGUAUGGCAACCGGUGAAGAAGCUACACACUCUGUUACUUUCCGGCACGAAACUGGAGGUCCUCCGUAACGACGAUCUAAAGGGACUGGACAAGCUAGAGACACUGGAAAUGAAUAACAGCCCGUUACGCGAGAUCUCCCGGAAUACUCUGGAUCGUACCCCGGCACUUCGGAAAAUCGAUCUACACGAUAGCAAUCUGACCUUCCUUCCGGCAAACGUGGCGCAGCUGUCGUUUUUGAACGAGUUGCAGCUGCAAGGCAACCCAUGGGCCUGCGAUUGUCGCAUGUUCUGGUUUGUGAAAUGGGCCGAAAGUAAAGAGCACCUACGAACCGCUUUCCAAAGCGGGUUCCAGUGCGGCGACGGGAUCGACGGUACCGCCGAUAUCCUUCAGACUCUCCGUUACUUGAAAUGCACACCGCCGAAAUUGGCAUAUGCUACGCCCACGCAACAGUAUCUGUUAUUAAACUCCGUGCUACUCGAAUGCGAAUUCAACGGCAAUCCUACGCCAUCGUUAACAUGGGUUACGCCGACACUUCAGGUACUGCAUUGGAAUCCAGAUCCAGCUUUUCCCGACGCUUUUGUCGAACAUCCUCCCGUACACGGAUGGGAACAAAGUGUACCGUUCGUUGACGAUGGUCGCAUACGCAUCCUCGAGAAUGGAUCUUUGUACAUUUCGACGUUGCUCAGGCAGGAUGUUGGACAAUACAAGUGUUUCGCGGUCAAUCCGAUUGCCAAUACCACUACCUAUGUUAGUUUGCAGAUGAAUCCAAUAACAUUACACAAAAUCAAGAUCAUCAGCAUCUUGGUAGGCGCUGCCAGCGCAACGGCCUUUCUUCUUUUUACGCGCUUCCUGCAACUGCUUCGUUAUGUCUUGGUCAAAUGCGGCUGUCUAAACUGCUGUUUGUGCUGUAGACACGUAGGUUCCACUCCUAGGGCAAAGCAGAUCUACCAAAUGUUGGAUAAUAUCGAGCAAUACAAGAGUCAACAACUCGAGAGACUACGCGAGAAUUACACCCAACAAGUACACAGAAUAAAGGAGAAUUGCGCCCAGCAAGUAGAAUGGAUUCGCGACAGUUACGAAGGUCAAAUGAGACACAUUAAAGACAUCAGGGAUUACGGAACGAGCCACCUCACGGCUCUCAGAGAUCAGUAUUAUGAUCAGGUGAGGAAAGUACGAGAUUAUUCCACCAGUCAGCUCAAUUGGGUGCGAGAAAAUUAUGUCUUCCAACGUAACAAGAUAAGAAAGUUCAGCGCUCACCAGGUCCUACGACUACGCGAGAGUUACAAGUACCAACAGCAGACACUGAACAAAGUACUGGAAAAUUUGCCGAAUUUCUAUUUCGAUAAUUGCCGAAGCGGUUCUUGCGGGAAAAGCGAUUCCAUGAUAUUCGAUCCAAAAGAAGAUGGAUCUAUCCACGUGGAUACUUACUUCAAGGCAAAAAUCGACGACUUGGCGAAUGGCGUGAGCAUGGAAGACGUCAACAGCGAGUAUUACACACCAACGGAACUUUCGUCUGCUAGUCCCCAUGGAAAUAUAAUGGAGGGUAUCCAUAUAAAUUAUAUCGAGGACAUGAGUCCACCGAUUGGAUUGGACCCAUUGUCGAUGAUAUCGCCGCAUUCGAUAAUCCUGCACAGUAUCGAUGAAGAUGGGAGCUCAUCUUCGGUGUACAAAGACGCAGACCAUGUCAAGCCAGUUUUCAAAGGCUUCAGCACCGAAAUCUUAGCCAAAGAGCCUAAAGAAAUGCCAGAGAGUUUCGGUCUCCUUGCACCCAGCUCCAGUUUGCCUGACCUACCGCGUGAAACCAAACUUUAGACAAUUUUGACGACAAGUGUUGUAAAAAGGUACUAACCUUUCUUUAUAUAGCAAGAUUACAAUUAAGACGAGAAUGUACUGCCACUGGAUCAUUAUGUGAGAAAAAUAUAUAGAAGUGCCUCUACAUCGGUAAGUGAGAAUCCAUUCGCAAGAACGAACGGUGGUAUAUUUCUCUAUCGUGGGACUUCUUCAAAUCCAAUUUUCCUUUUUUAAUACUUUUUUUUUUCUUAAUUUCUUUUCCUCCUUGAAAAUGCUCCAUAACAAAAGAUAUACCUCUAUGAACGAUAAGAGAAGAACGCCUACGUGUACCAAGGCUCAGAAUGUCCUUUGUCGACAUCGAUCAAGCUACUGAUUGUGCGUGUGUGAGAGUGUUGUUUAAGGAGAACAUAGAAAAGAAAAAAAAAAAAAAGUCGCGGACAGCUUCCAAGGACUUUUCUGUGAUUCGGUCGAUGACCUUGCAACCUGUCCGCCCUUAAACUUUGUGCUUUUUAUCAUUGAUGUUAUCACCGCCCACCAUCAACGAUAACGAUCGACGAUUUUUAGAUGAAGAAAACGCUGGAAAGAAAUGCAAGAUGUCAUAGUGUUACUGCCAAUUCUGCCGUAAGCCAAUUUCAACUAAAAGUAGAAACGAAAAAAUAAUAAUAAUAAAAAAAAAAAAAAAAACGAGAAAAAAAAAGAAAAAGAAGGAAGAGACAGUACUGACGCGUAUGUAACGGGUCAUGUAAUAAUUUUCGCCUAAUUGUCAAUUUUUCCCGAAGGUCAACGAUUUAGAAGAAAAUGUUCGACUCACUUUAUCCUGCUGUAAAUAAGAGUGUAUGCGAUUUUAUCAGUUUGUGGAGACGAGUGACCACAAUUUUUAUGAAAGACUGAACUCGCGAUCGGCAUACGCGUCGUUGAUGAGUUAUCCAUUGAUCGAAGUCCGACGAAACCGAUAUACGUAGUUUGUUCCGUUUAGAUUACUCUUCUUUCCUUUCUUUCUUUUCACUUUCGACUUAAGAAAAUCCAAGUAUCCGGAUAUCCGGACAAAUGUUACUUCUCUCCUCAUUUUCUAAUCUUCGGACGUUCUCUUUUAAACUGUUUUCUGUUCAGUAAAAUACAAGGUGUCCAAAGUAUAGAAAUAUACAAUUAUUAAAAAAAGAAAAAUUAUUCUGACGAAAAAAAAA